GGCUCCCUUCUCCUUGAAUAACAGCUGGUGAAAGAUCCAGUGGGUGCCCCUUGACCUGUGACCUCAUAUGAUGAAGUGAUACCAAAGAUGGAGAUUAUCAUCUAGAGAUAGCAGCUAUAGGGCAGCACGAAUAGAGCUAUUAGAUGAAGCAGAUUGCAGAGCCUGUAUGUGACAUCGUCAUGAACGAAAGAAGAAAGUAAUACAGCAUUGGAUGUGCCUGCUUGCUGCCCAUAACAAAAAGAGAGAGGGGAGAAAAUGAUGCAUUGUGGGGAAUCACUUCAAAAGGGUGAAUGAAAUGAGCUCUUUCGAUUCUAGUAUUUGAAAAGCUAAGUAAUUCUCUGGAAGAAUUGUUCUAAAUGAGCCUGGCCAAGAUACUGGAUCUGUGUGAAGAGGACUAAGGAUACAAUAGGAUGUCAACUGAGACAGAACUUCAAGUGGCUGUUAAAACCAGCACAAAGAAAGAGUCUAAAAAGAAAGGUCAGGAUCGUAGUGAAGCAACUUUAAUAAAGAGGUUUAAAGGUGACGGUGUUCGAUACAAAGCAAAACUCAUUGGGAUAGACGAAGUCUCUGCAGCGCGUGGUGACAAGUUAUGUCAAGAUUCCAUGAUGAAAUUAAAGGGAAUUGUUGCUGCAUCUCGUUCAAAAGGUGAACAUAAACAGAAAAUAUUUCUAACCAUCUCCUUUGGAGGAAUUAAAAUAUUCGAUGAGAAGACAGGACUACUACAACACCAUCAUGCAGUACAUGAAAUUUCAUAUAUCGCAAAGGAUAUCACAGACCAUCGGGCCUUUGGAUACGUAUGUGGAAAGGAAGGGAAUCAUAGAUUUGUGGCAAUAAAAACAGCCCAGGCAGCAGAACCUGUGAUUCUGGAUUUGCGAGACCUCUUCCAACUUAUUUAUGAGUUGAAACAAAGAGAAGAACUGGAAAAGAAGGCACAAAAAGAUAAACAAUGUGAACAAGCAGUAUAUCAGACAAUUUUGGAAGAAGAUGUAGAGGAUCCUGUUUAUCAGUACAUUGUGUUUGAGGCUGGACAUGAGCCAAUUCGUGAGCCUGAAACAGAAGAAAACAUUUAUCAGGUUCCUACUAGCCAAAAGAAAGAAGGUGUUUAUGAUGUGCCAAAAAGUCAACCUGUAAGUCUGGAGAAUGGAAACCUGUUGUUGGACGUAGAAGAAAAUCUUGAUAGAAUCACUCAGGCUGUUCCCCAACUAGAGCUGUUUGGGGAUAUGUCCACUCCUCCUGAUAUAACCUCUCCCCCUACCCCUGCAACUCCAGGUGAUGCCUUUAUCCCAUCUUCAUCCCAGUCACUUCCUGCUGGUACAGAGGUAUUUAGUUCUGUACCUUACAGCACUGCUGCUGUACCCUCAGGUUAUGUUGCAAUGGGAGCUGUUCUGCCUUCCUUCUGGGGACAGCAACCACUUGUUCAACAACAACUGGCCAUGGGUGCUCAGCCUCCAGUUGCUCAGGUGAUGCAAGGAGGACAGUCAAUUGCAUGGGGACAACCUGGGAUGUUUCCUCCCACCCAGCAACCAUGGCCAUCUGUAGCUGGUCAGUUUCAGCCCGCUGCCUUCAUGCCAACACAAACUGUUUUGCCUUUACAAGCAGCCAUGUUUCAAGGUACCAUUGUUCCCACUGCUACUGUUCCACCUACCAGUGAUUCCACUAGAUCAAGUCCACAGACAGAUAGCCCAAGGCAGCAAGCUGGAAAAGAAAUAUUUAAAGAUUUCCAGAUGGCUCAGGCACCUCCAGUACCAUCACGAAAACCAGAUCAGCCUUCCCUCAGUUGUACCUCAGAGGCCUUCUCCAGUUACUUUAACAAAGUUGGAAUGGCACAGGAAGCAGAUGAUUGUGAUGACUUUGAUAUCUCUCAGUUAAAUCUGACUCCUGUGACGUCUACAACACCAUCAACAAAUUCACCCCCAACUCCUGCUCCUAGACAGAGUUCUCCAUCUAAAUCCUCGGCAUCUCAUACCAGUGACGCUGCUGCAGAUGACCUCUUUGAAGAGGGCUUCGAAAGUCCAAGCAAAAGUGAAGAGCAAGAAGCACCUGAUGGAUCUCAGGCCUCAUCCAACAGUGAUCCAUUUGGUGAACCUAUUGGUGAUACUGUAAGUCCACAGGGCGAUAGCUAGAUAGCGCAGGUUGGGUGUCUUAUCUGAAUCUGCAUUUACUGUAACACAGAUCUACUGAACAAAUUGGAAAGAGAACCACUCUAUGCCCAGAUCAACAGACCUAAGACCUAAGAAAUAGCAUUGACCCACACUCGUGGCACUUCAAGUCUCAAAUGAAAACACCAGUCUUGACAGGCCUUUGGCUCCUACUACUCUUACUAAUAUUAUUCAGUUAUCUCAGCUAAUCAAGGAUAAUCAUAUCACUGGAUUAAUUCAGCAAACAAGAUGUUUUGCCAACUCUGUUUGGCAGAAUAUUGCUUUUUUUGUUUUUUCCCUUAUUUUUCAAAAUCCUACUUUCGUAGGUGGGGAAAUGUCAUCUGCAUUCCUACAACUUUGAACUAUCCAAACACCUUUUCUUCUUGUUACUUUUUGUUGUUUCUAGGACUCCAUAUAAUGAAAGUAGGUGAUCCAAAUCUAUUAGAUGACAACUCGUUGUUUUUAUAAUACAGAAACACAUCCUGGUCACCAGUUAUUGAGCGACACAACUGCACAUUUGAAGAUAUGGUAACUUUUUUAUGGCCAUCACAAACUGAUCCUUCUGUAUUUUCACCCAGUAUACCAGCCUACAACAACAUAUAUGAAGGAAGUAUUCAAGUAUUUCAUUCCCCCCCCCGCCCCUGCCAUUACUUAAAAACUGGUGACAGACAUUAGCAGCAGAAUGCCUCCUGUGAAAAUAAUUCUUAACUUGAAGUCAUGGAAUCCCAUUCCACCAAUCAUCAGUUUUGAUUGAAAAUGUUGCCAAAUGGACCUUUUAAUUUUCAAUACAUCAAAGAAGAGAUGAAAUGCUGCUUUUUCUGUUUUGAAUACUACUGCUAUGAGUAGAGAAGGACAUCAGAUCUUUUGAUGGAAAAACAAACUGUGCGUUAUUUCCUAGGGAACUCUUAAAACAAAGAUCAGUAAAGGAUAUUUUUUAUUUCUUUGAUACCUUGCUGCUGUGAUGCUAUGCAGACAAGUGUUUUUUUCUUCUCUCUGUGCCAUUUUUGAAGAGAAAAAAAACUGUUUGCCAAAUACUUCUACAUCUGGAUUUGAUUGGGUUGGACUUUAAUAAUAACAGGAUGGAGAUGGCAUGAAUUUUGAAAUAAUGAACUUAUUCUGCGAUCAAAUGGUUCAUCUUUAUCACUUUUUGUACAUCGGAAAAAUUCAAAUGGGAUUUUUAUUUUAUAACUUGAAAUUUAAAAAUAAAAAUCUUAACUGUUAAAACUCUUUCAGUGUUUAAGGGGAAAUGGCUUUAAAGAGUCCGAAUGAAAAUUGCCAGGUUUUCUUUUGUUUUGUAAAUAUAAAUGUUAGGAGGUUUGUUUUGUUUUUUUUCACCAUGACAUCACACUGUAGGGAGGUAGUAAAUGAUGGUGUUUCGGAAGCGUGGAAACCCCCAUUUUGUGGUUCUUGUAUCACGUUUGUUUUGUUCUGUUUUCACAUGCUUAUAGUUAGUGGGAUAAAGCUGAAGUGCAUUUCCCAACUACAAUUUUGUUGCCUGAAACUAGCUAGGUUGAUGGAGAACCAAUAAUCAUACAAUCUUGCUUUUAUAAUGCAACUCUUAUCACAUACUUUACAUUUUUGGGAGAAAAAUCACAUUUCAUACCCAUUUCCUAAUUUAAUAAAAGCUGUUUACACACCACAAGAAGCAAGUUUUUUAAAACUGUUUUUUUUAAUAUAUUUAUGUAAGAAAAGUGCAGUGUUUGGUUUCUAUUCUUCGCACAUGAUUUGCAUAAAGAAUCUAUAUAUUUUUGCCCUACAGAGAAUUGUUAUACAGGUCAAAUAUGUUUUCCUGAUGUUCCUAUGCAGAUUACAAUAUAUUGAACUUUAGUGGUUUAGCACUAAAAAAGAAGAGUUAAAUAAUUCAAAUGAUGACUUGUUUCAAGGAUUAUGCAGAUUUUGUUUUUAAAAUCAAAAUACCAAUAUGCUUGUGUUUUCUCCUUUGAUUAUAUAAGCCUGGAGUUAUAUUUCAUGCAUUUGAAUUAUUAAAGCAUUUUACAAGAGUAGAUGAAAACCGGUGAUUUGGUGAUACUGAAACUGAACUUGAUAUUUCCAGUUGGUUUUUUUCAACAUAGGUACUGAAUCAAAAUGUGUGUGAAACAGUCAGUUGAACUAUAGGCUUUAAUAUCGGUGCAGAUCUAAUGUACUUUUCCAGUCAUUUCCUCUCUGUACUUUUUUAGUGUGCAACCUUGUUUCAAUAAAAGACUCCAUGUGGAUUUUACAGAACAAAUGAUUGGUGAUGUGAAAAAGGAACAAAAGAGAAGUUGAGUCCAAUUAAAGCAGAAAGUAGUUGUGCCCAAAAUAAAAAUUAACAUUUUUUGUUAAAGUCAACUUGUUUUUCCUCAUUUCCCCUUUCCCCAGCCUGUUUUUAUCCAACCCACAAAUCAAUUUAUUUUAACUUGAUCAUUAUAUAUUUGUGAAAGGUGAAGAUGGCCUGGGCCUGCACAAGCCUUUUCCCAGCCCAAAAUAUUCAUCCAUGUUGUGGUCGUUGUCAGCAUCUGUCGCAAAUGUGCAUCAAAAGAAAAAUGCAAAAAAGCUAUCUCUUUUUGUAACAUAUAAAUGUUAACUUUGUUUUUUAACUACGCAAAAGGAUGACAUCAUUCAAAAGGACAUUAAUGUAUUGUAUAGUCAAUAGUGAAAUCUUGCUAAACUAAGUUUUUAUUAAAACACAAACAUACAGAAUUUGAAAUAUUCAUAGAUAUUGUAGCAUGGUGCGGAAUAACAGCCAGUUCAUUGAUGAUGGUUGUUAUUGGAUUCCAAUAACAAAUAAUAUAUAUGAGAAAGAGAAUUACAACUGGUAUUAAGAGAUCAUAAAGAAAUUUGCUCUAUACGAACUGCAAGUCUUUUCUUGAAAUAAGACAACCCAUGCUUAACUCAUCCAUCAUUAGAUUAUUCCUUUCUACCAUAAUCUAGAAAAAAAACAAUACAGAAGUCUGCACUAUACAAGUAUUGUAGAUAGGAAAUAUAUCUACAGGAAUCCAUUCAUCACUAGCACUAAGCUUGUCACUUUAAACUUUAAACCAGGGAAUACAUCCCAUCCUGUCCUGUUUCCAAUCGUUUCUUGAUUCUUACGUUAUUAAUGUACUUUGAUUCAUUGUUGUCAUUCAAUUGUCUAAUGAAAUCUAUGAUUGAAUCAUGUACUGGGCACCUUCUUGGCAAAGAUGUUUACUUUCUACUUUGAUUUGUUUGAUUUUGCGUUCUCACAUGUUUAUUUUUUAAUAGAAGAAAGAUGAAAAUGACUGUUUUGCAGUACAUUUCUAGAUCUACUUUAACUUUACCUCAGAGGAAAACCAUUUGUUAACAUCUGUUGAACAUCUUCUUUCCCCUUAUGUAUAAUGCAUUCAUCAGAAGAAAUUUUUAGAGAUUUUCCAUUGA